UGAUUUGCCGAACUUCUGACAUGUGAGUGAAUAUAUACAUCGAAGAUAACUGCUGACUACACAGUUGACAUUAUGUCAUCUGAUGACAUCUAUGCCGACCAGGCCAAGCAUCUGGUAGAUGAGGUCAUUGAUCAUGCUAUCAAAAGAUUGGAAACCAGCCUUUCUCUGAAUGAAAGGGAAAAAACUUUUGAAUCAAUUCGCAUUUCAUCAGAGGUCAAUUCUAGGCAAUCAACUUUUGUCAAAGACCAAAAUUAUGAAGUGAAAAAUGUGAAUUGGCUGACCAUUGAUGAAUUCACUGUAGAAAAAGCAGAACAGAAGAUCAAUGAAUUUAUCAAGACCUGGCAAUAUGAGAACAGCUGGCAGUACUGUAUAGAUUUCCUCGGAGAGGACCCACAUGAUUUUGACGCACGGUACCGUUUCCGAGUCCGAUGGAGCAUUCCUACUCGAAGAAAACCCAUUCCUCGUGCCACAGCUUGUGUAUACUUUUCAUUUGUUGUGUCAACUAUUAAACCGAAACAUUUUCCUGUUGAUGUUUUAUUUGUCUUUGAAGGAAACAGACUUGUACACAAGCCUGGAGAGAGUAGAUUCCGUGAAAAAUGGCUGAAAGACAUUAUAGAAAGUAAAGUGAUGAUGAUGCAGAUGGUUGAAUUCUAAGAGAGAAAGCGCUUAAUUUCUUUCAAAAUCAUUAACAGUGAUCAUGUUCAAACUUAUGUAAAGACUCAGAAACAGUUGAAAAUAUGGUAAUUGGUGAGCCAACAAAAUCUGACUAGGGAAACAGAAGUUUUUUGGGUUGUCCCUCUUGGUAUUGAGCUGAGGUUUUUUCCUCUACAAAGCAGAUGUUACUUUUACAAUUAAAAAAGUGAAUUAAUAACUACAUAUAUACCAUCCUGUAAUUUCAAAAUUAAUGUCUGCUUCUUCAAAAAACAUCAGUUAAGUCACUAGUGGAAAAUCUAUUAGAUAUGAUACAUUGUAUUGUAAAUAGUUGUGAAUAUAUUGUAUCAAUUAAAAAUGAUACCCAUACACUGUA